CACACCCCACUUUCGAUCCUUUACAAACAUGUCGUGGCAGGCUUACGUUGAUGACCAGCUCGUUGCCAAGGGCAACACCGUUUCCGGUGCUAUCCUCGGCCACGACGGCUCCAUCUGGGCCAAGUCGGCUAACUUCAACCUCACCGAGUCGGUCGCGGCUGCUGGCCUCUUCACUGACUCGUCGAUGUCGGUGACCCUUGCCGGCACCAAGUACCAGGUGCUCCGCAAGAACCUCGACGAGGAGGUUCCGUUCAUCCUUACCAAGAAGAAGGAGGGCGGUGCCGUCCUGGCCAAGACUGCUCAGACCGUCAUCAUCGGUGUCUUCGAGGGUGAGCAGCAGCCCGGUAACGCGUCGAACGACGUGCUCAACCUGGCCGACUACCUCGCCGGCGCUGGCUACUGAUUUCUUUCACUCGCUUCCUGCCCCGUGGCCCGGUCCCGCCAGUCUUCGCGUCCCCGUGACGCCCGCUGGCGGGCCUCGCCAAU